ACUCAUGUCAUGUCAAUGUCAAUGUUCUGAUUCUGCUGUAGGCUGUAGGUAUUAAAAUUUAUAUUGAAAAUCUUAUUAAACUCGUGAAAAUUUUUUUUUAGAAUCACAAUUCCUUUACUCUGAAUAAUUUAGCGACAGGUUACCCAAGAUUAUUAAAUUAGAACACAUUAUCUUCAAUAAACACCAUGACAGCAAAUGUUGUUGCGAUCCCUCCGUCUGUGUCCUGGGCCCAGAGCAGCGCCCGUGUCUAUCUCACCUUCAACGUAGAGUGUGAAAAGCCAGAUAUUAACAUCGAGAACAAGUGCAUUUCUUUCAAAGGACACUGCGCCCCGGAUCACAAGCUACAUGCCGUGGAAAUACCGCUAUACGCCGAGAUAAACGCUGAAAAGAGCAGUUUCGUCAAUAAAGGAAGAUAUAUAGAGGUGGUUUUAGCGAAGGAAAAAGUACAAGAGGCAUUCUGGCCUGCUCUGACUAGUGACAUGAAGAAACAUCACUGGUUGAAGGUGGACUUUAACCGGUGGCAGGACGAGGAGGACAGCGGGGAGGAGCUGGAUGACAUCAAUGACAUGUUCUCAAGUAAACUUGGUGAUUUCGGUGAUGAGAAAGGAGACACUAGUUCAACUGAAGAGGAUGACCUUUUAGACAUAGAAUAAUAAUGAUAUUCCAUGUAACUGAAUAUCAUUUAACAUGGUGUGAUUUUUUGUAAUAUUUUGCUAGAUUGUUGUGGAGUGUUGUUAGUUAUGUUUAGUUUGUUCCAUGAUAGGUACUAUGUAAUUUUAAGUUGUAGAGGAUACCAAGUUCUCAAUGAUUUGUCUUAUUGUGUUACUUAGUUGAAUUAUAUUCUGACUUAGCUUAUUUAAUAGACUGUCUUAGUAUUUAUUUAGUUAAAAUAUCUUUUCAAUACUAAUUGCUAUGGUAAUUUACAAUAUUUGUAAAAAAAUACUGAUCACAUGGCAGAACUCUCCAAAUGGAUUUGGAAAUUAGUUAGCGGUGCCUUAAUAUUGUUGUAAUAUCUUAGAUUGUAUUGCAUGUAUGAUGACAGUAUAAUGUGAGUUUACACUCUGAUUCCAUCUGUAACAGCUAAACUCCAAUGAUUAUUUUUUACAACUGAACUCAUGAUGAUGUUGUUAGAGUAUUUUAAUGGCAUUAUAGAUUUCUUCAUAAGCUAGAACCUCAAUGUUAGUUGUUUUUAUAUUUUAAGCUCAUUUACAAGUAUUAAAAAUACAAGUAUUAUUGCCAACUGCUAUUUGUUUAAAAAACCGUUAAAAACUUUCAAUUUUGAAUUUAGGCCUAGUCAUACAAGUUGUAUUUAUGUAAUGUCACAGUUUUGCCUGAUUCUUUUUAAGCUACUAUAAUGUCUAACUUAGCUAUUUAUUUUACUUUCAUGUAUGUUUCUUAUCAUAGUCAAUGAAUUUACUGAAAUACAACUUCAUGUAUUUAAAUCAGUA